GAGUAAGUGCACGUGAGACCAGACUAACACGAGGCGACGACAACAUCGCAACGAUGUUCAUCCCACUGCGUGCUGUCGUUACACUGGCGCUGUGCACACAUGCUGUAGUGCUGGCGCAUGCAUCAGGGCUCCACGCGGCACCAGCAGGCAUCGAUAAGCUGACCAAGACCAUCGAUCUCGAUAUACCUGACUUCACCGACGACACAAGAGGGCUGCUUCAAUUUCUGAACACCGUCACAGGACGGCUCAUCAUGAGUAACUUCGACGGGAUUGACGGAUCGACGGACGACGACAACUCUGCGAGCCGGGAAACGGAAGACGAUGAGAGCAGUGCGUCGAACGCGGUCGACGAUGAAAAUGCGCCAUCCGACCAGAGCAACACUAACGAGAAUGGUGAUUUAGAGAGUAAGCUGCAGGAAGCCCUAACUCCUGAGGAGCUAGAUUCGCUUAAAAGAUUAGACGUGCCAGCAAUUAUUUCGUUCAUCGCAGCUCUCCCAAUAGGUAAUUUCGAUCAGAAUCCGCUAAAGAGAAAUCGGAACCCGUUUGGUGAUGUCUUUACAGCCAGCCGUGCCUUACUGAGCCUGGACCCAGUCAACGCUGAUGCCACAAAUACGGGUGGAGGUAUCUUGCAACGGAAUCUCUUUGGGAGGAACAGAGACAACGCUGAUGCCACAAAUACGGGUGGAGGUAUCUUGCAACGGAAUCUCUUUGGGAGGAACAGAGACAACGCUGAUGCCACAAAUACGGGUAAUAGACAACCCCUUCGUGCCACUCGUGGCAACUUUGGCAUCAUUGGACAGAAUUUACAAGGCAGAAACACAAAUAUUAAUAACAUUUUUCCAGGCAUACUUGGAUUCUUGAACAGGAACAGAGACAACGUUGAUACUCCAUCUACAGAUGUAAGUACCACUGGACAGAUUUUCCGAGAAAGAAUCCCACAGCCCCUUGCUGCCAUUCGCAGAAAAACCACCAUUACAGGUAGACAGACCAUUGGACAGAAUUUAGUAGGCAGGAACAACGUUCCGGGUGGACGCAUACGUGGUAGAAUACAGAACAUCUUAACAGGAGCAACUGGGGAUUCUGGUGCCACAAGUACAGGUGGGCGGACCAUUGGACAGAACUUACUGGGCAGGAACAACGUUCCGUUUGCCGACAUUACUACAGGCAUACGUGGGCAAAUACAGAACGUCCUAAACAGAAGGAGAGGAACUGGGGAUUCUGGUGCCACAGGUACAGGUGGGCGGACCAUUGGACAGAAUUUAGUAGGCAGGAACAACGUUCCGGUUGGACGCAUACGUGGUAGAAUACAGAACGUCUUAACAGGAGCAACUGGGGAUUCUGGUGCCACAAGUACAGGUGGGCGGACCAUUGCAACGUAGAGUUCAGCCUGAAAACCCUAAUUAGCUCUAACUUUUUGGCGAAUUAAUGACAUUUUUUGCCAAAUUCAACUUUAAUUCGCAUUUGGCGAAUUAGCGAAAGGCAGCUUAAGCCCUGACUAUGCAGAAUUUACCAGGCAUUGCCUGGUAACGGAGGCAAUGUUGCUGCCAUGGUUUUAGCAUUGGUUGCUGCAUCGACAGUACCUGAUUCAAUGACUCGGCUACAGAUCUAGAAAAUGUACCAUAAGACAUGUUUUCUCAGGCACUAUAUUGAAGGCACAGCCAAGGGCAUCUAUAUGCCUGUAGUUAUAAGUGUGUGAUAUUUACCAAAUACUAAUAUUUUAACACUACUGCCCAAGAUUAUGGGCAAGCUUAAAGUUCUAUUAAUCUGGGGACAAAUUAUCACUUAGACGUAUCACUCAUCACUUGACUUUCACUGUCCCAUAGAACAGAUCAUUUGUGAUAUUUACGCUUUAAUAUUAAGCAAUAUUCAAAUUUACCCAAGGCUCAUCAUGGGGAAACUCCAACUUGCCCAUGAUAUAUUAUCUCAGCUGAUCACAAACAUGUCCUCAAGUAGCAGCCAGCCACUAUAUUUAAUCAUAAUUAGAUAAUAAAAUUAUAUACCUAACAUGUGCAUUUAUUUUCCUUAGUGCAUCACAGAGCUUAGGAUAUUGUUGUAAUGGCAACCUUAAUACGGAAAGCCUACUUAUGACAACCAGAGUAAAUAAAGAUGUAUUUUAUACCAAAUUAUCACGAUUGUGUGCA